GUUGUUUGUCAUCUGACCAGAAAUGGAUUUUGUUGUGAAAUGGACUUUAAGGCGACAUUCCUGCAAAACACAAAAGCAACAGCACCGCAGUCUUUAGUGAUGAGCUUUCGGUCGGAUCCACUGACCGUCUCCUCAGUCUUUUUUUUGUGAGUCUCCUGGAUCCUUUCUGUGAAAAUGRAAARUUCGAACCCGGCGCUGCCCAGCGUCAACUCGUCCUACCUGCCGCAUUUAUAUAACGAGCAGAACUCUGAGGAUGAGGAGGCCGAGGACCACAGUGCCCCCGCAUCUCUCCUGCCCAAACACACCUCCACGCCCCUGGCUGUGCGCUACAGCCCYGAGGACUCGUACAACCUGGUCUACGUCGUCUUCUUCCUGAUGGGCAUCGGCUCCCUGCUGCCCUGGAACUUCUUCAUAACCGCCAGGGAGUACUGGGCGUACAAGUUCAGCAACAGCAGCGACCCCGGCGGGCAGCAGCACUCAGACAUCAGUGACAACUUUGAAAGCUACCUGUCGGUCGCCUCCACCGUGCCCUCAGUGCUGUGUCURAUACUCAACUAUUUCCUUGUUAACAGGUUGUCCCCAGACGUCAGAAUCCUCUCGUCUCUUUUCGUGAUCCUCCUGGUGUUUCUGGUGACCACUGUGUUUGUGAAGGUGGACUCGUCCGAGCACAGUAUGGAGUUCUUUAUCGGGACUCUUGCCAGCGUGGUUGUCAUCAGCGGAGCCUCCAACAUCUUCUACGGCAGCGUGUUUGGGAUCAGUGGCUAUUUUCCCAUGAGGAUCUCUCAGGCUCUCAUAUCAGGUCAGGCCAUGGGAGGAACAUUGAGUGCAGUGGCGUCAAUCGUGAGCCUCGCUGUGGUUAAGGAUGUAACCAACAACGCUCUCACCUACUUUGUCRUAGCUGAUGUCUUCAUCCUGCUUUGUAUCGUUUCAUAUUUGCUUCUGCCCAAACUGGCAUAUUCAAGACACUACAUGCUGACUGCGGCGUGCGUCAGUCCAGGAGCGACGAGCGUCCCACCGCUGCAGCCCAUCAUCAGGAAGUCGUGGGUUCUUGGCCUGAGCGUCUUUUACGUCUUCUUCGUCUCCAUCUUAGUUUUCCCCGCGGUGUCAUCGGGGAUCCGGUCUGUGGACGAGAACAGCGGCAGUCCCUGGACCACCAAGUAUUUUGCACCCGUCACCAGUUUCCUCAUAUACAACCUGGCAGACUUCUGUGGCAGACAGGUGACGGCGUGGGUGCAGGUCCCCGGUCCCACCAGCAGGGUCCUGCCCCUGCUGGUUCUGUGCCGCUCCUUCAUGGUGCCGCUCUUCGUGUUUUGUAACUACCAGCCGAGGGAGCACAUCCACGCUGUGCUGUUCGACAACGACGCGUACCCGGUGGUCUUCAACUGCCUUCUGGGGCUCUCCAACGGGUACCUCGGCACCCUGCCCAUGAUUUACGGACCCAAGGUGGUACCGCGGGAGCUGGCGGAGGCCACGGGGGUGGUGAUGUCAUUCUUUCUCACGCUGGGACUGGCUGUUGGAUCUGCAGUGUCGGUACUUCUUGUACACAGUAUAUGAUUGUUUCAAAAUAAAAGUCGUCAGCGUGUA